GAUGGCGUCCGUCGAGACGAUCUCGGCUUCUAGAGAAAUUUCUCCUCGUUUCCAAAAGCUUCUUCGAGGAGUGUCCGAUGAACUCAGCCCCGAAGAACUAAGGCAUGCCGUAUCGUCCAUAAAAACUAAUUUUAGGGGCAAGUUUGCGGAUCAAGGAGAACAAGAUUUGUACUCAUGCCUCCAAUUAUUCGCUAUCCAGGGUCUUGUAUCGGAGGACAAUCUGACUUUGUUGGAGGGGUUUUUGAGCCCGAAAGCGUCCAAGAAAAAUUCGCUAAAGGAAAAAAUUCAACAAUUUAAGGAAAACCGCCAACAAGAGGUCAGUCCUGGAAAGGAAGAACCAGGUUUGACCGGCAGGGAACGUGACCUAGAGAAAGUUAUGGCAAUGUUGAUAAAGGGAAGUUCGCGUGUUGUCAAUUUACAUGGAAUUAGUGGAGUAGGCAAGACGAAAUUGGCAAUGGAAAUUGUUUCAAAGUGGCCAGGAAGGAAAUUCAAGGCUGAUUUUAGAGAAAUCACAGAAAUGAAAGACGUUCAUUUUCAUGUUUUAAACGCUUUAGCACCAGACAAAACGAUCAUAAGCUUCGAAGCAAAUCCAGUAGUUGAAUUAAUGAGACAGUUAAGGCAAGCAGAGCAACAAGUUGACAUAUUACUGCUCCUUGAUAACGUCGAUAAAUUUGCGGGAGGAGAUGACGAAGCUUCCACCUCCCUUAAUGCCAAUUUUGUGAUGUUUCUGCAAGGACUUCUAGGUCCAAAGGAUUAUCCGGGGAAAUCGAAAUUGAAGAUUUUGUUGACAUCAAGAUCGACACUUCGUCACGCAAAGUUGACCAACGUCGAUAAUUACGAAGUUAUGGCCUUAGAGAAAGCUUCAUCUAGUGCUCUAUUCCAAAAUCAGAGAAUUGGCAGUGUUCAAGAGGGUCAAAUGGAGAAACUGUUGCAGAUGUGCCAAGGGAAUCCCCUUAUCAUUAAGGGAAUGGCAGCUAUCUUGAGACAACAAAUAGCCGAUGACACCACGAUUCUGGAAACUAUUGAGCAGCCACUAGCGGCCGAGCCACCAGAAUCGGGAAUACCAGCAGCAGAGGAGAGUCGAGAGAGAGACGUAUUUGACUCUGAAAAGGAAGGCAUUGAUAAAGAGCAAGAAAGCUGUUUAAGAAAAAUGUUUUUCUUCUUGCCGAGUAAACAGUUAAAAGAUUCUGCCAUUUCGAUGUCACUGUUCUGUCGCUCUUUCUCUGUCGAAGCAGCAGCCGAAGUCCUUGAAGUGGACUCGUCAGAAGCUGUCAUACAACUAGAAGGUCUCAGGAAUAGUGAAGUGCUAACGAUAGACCCUGACGUGAAAGAACUCACCUAUGACAUUCACCCUCUGGUGCGAACAUUUCUGAGAAGCAUUGGUAGUAACCAAAACAUGUUCGUCAAAGUUUACGAGAAGGCAAAAGGCAGGUUUCAUACAUAUUUCAUGUCCAAAAUGGUAGACAUUUCCAGGCUUUUGGACAAAGACUACAUGAAUGCCUUCGAUAAUUUUGAUCUUGACAAACCGAACUUUGAACUUGCUUUGGAUAUUUCUUUCAAGUCAGACCAUCUUCUUAUCCCAAAAGAGCAUCGUGGAAGUGUUAUGAUCUUCUAUCUCUUCGAGGCCAUGCUUGACGAAAAAGCAAGAAAGAACAUUUUUAAUUGCUGGGCCGAAAAGGUCGAAGAAGAUGGAAAGGAAGGUUCCUUGCUUCGAGCAGAACUAAAAUGCCGCGAAACUUUGACGGUUCUUAACCUUGAAGGAUGGCAGAGAGCAUUGACAGUCGCGAGGAGAGCAAAAGAGUCGCUAAGCAAAGUGCAGAGGGAAAGUAAGAGCACAGAUUCAUUUAAGUUGACCAAGAGUUCCUACCUGUACGCUAAGGGUGAAGUGUAUCACAGAGCAGGAAAUAUGGCAAAGUCACUGAGGAUUUUGCACAAGGCGCUGAAGAUAAUGGAAAAUGAACUUCAACGCCACACAAGCACUUCAAGGUGCUUAAACGCCAUUGGAAACUGUCACAACAAGCUAGGAGAACAUGACGAAGCCAUAAGUUACUACACGAGAGCAUACGAUAUGAGACAGCAGCUCUCUGGCUCAAUGAAACAUUUUGACAUGCCCUUCUUCAAAGGACAGAUCGGAACGGUUUAUGAAGGAAAGAAACAAUUUGAAAAGGCAAUCGAAUACUACAAAGAGGCCUUAGAGCUCGCUAAGGAACUAAAAAUCCCAGGCAUGGUGAACACCGCGCUGUACAAUCGAAACAUUGCUAACGCGUACUGUUGGUUGAGAAACUUUGACGACGCCUACCAACCCGCAAAGAACGGUUACGAGAUCCGGAAGGUCGUUUUGGGAAGGCACCCUUGGACUGCACGAAGUGCUUUCCAAAUGGCGGAGAUUUGUCGAAGCUUGGAGGACUUUGACGAAGCGGAAGAGUUUUAUGAGCAAGCAUGGGAGAUUGAGAAGUCUCUGGGCCAAGGAAACCACAGCGAGGUCAUGGUCAGAAUCAUUGAGAGCUACGAAGCGAUGCUUCUCAAAGGGAAGAGGAAAGAUCAGUUUCGACAAGAAGCAUUCGACUUUUAUCUGCGCUACUGGAACGAAGAAAGGGCCUUCGAAGGUUUUGAGUUUUCUCCCGCCAACAAGCGAGUUAUUGAUUCAAUAAAUGAAAGGCUUGAUGAAUUUGGCGACCUGCAAACAAAGAAGAGAUACCAGAAAGAAGCUCUAUGGUUUUAUGAAGGCGCGUGGAAUUCACCCGACACGAGAAGGUUACCAGACACCGCUAGAGAGGAAGUUCUGCAAACUCUCUGCGGUCUCUGUAAACAGCUUCGCGAGAAAAAUAUGGCCGAAAAGUACAAUAACGAAGCCUUUCGAUUUUAUGAAAAGAAGUGGAAAAGGGACAAGGAAGGGAUGUCAGAGCGCGACAGAAUCGACAUUCUUACCACUCUUGUAGACAUGGCUACAUCACAGAUGAAAGAGAAGAAGAAACAGAAGUAUGAGAGUUUGUUAAAGGAAGCCAAACAGAGAGGAACUUUGAUGGGAACUGUGAAAGGAUUCCUUUCUUUAGGAGCAAAAGAAGCUGAACAGGUGUCUAGUGAGGACGAUGACGAUGACGAUGAUAAUGAAGUUGACAUUCCUUACGAUGAUGAUGAUGAUGAUGAUGAUCUCGAUAGUAGCAGUGGUAGCGAAGAGAUUCCAGAGGCUAGUGGGCAAGUGCAACAACUAACAAUUCAGGAAGAAGAUGGCGAAGAGUUAGAAAGUGAGCAGGAACAAGAACCAGAUAGGAUAAAGAUACACGAAGGAACACUCACUAGCGAGGACGUGCAUUGGAACAUCAAGCUAGGGGCUGUACAUCUAGCCUUCCCUCGUGAUGCUGUAUCUGAGCUCACCCUGAUAACGGUCCAUCGAUGGAAACCCACGGUCCUGUCCCCGCCUUUGCAGGAGCACGAGGCUCUCGUCAGCAACGUUAUUGAAAUUUCUUCGAACAGUCACGAAGCUUUCAAAUUUGAAGCUGAGGUUAAGAUGUCAUUCACUCACAGUUCUCCCGGCCUACACGGCUACGAGUUGGUGUUGUACAAACGGAUUGACAACGAGACCGGUACAUGGGAAGAAGUGACCGAUGUGGAAGACUUCAAAACUAUCUCAGAUUUUGAAGAAGAAUAUCAAUCUAGCCAAGAUAUUCCCAAUUUACACUUUCCUAUUGUGCAAGCGGAUAUAACAGAAUGUGCCACAUAUGCUGUUGUGAGUCGUCUCCAUCUUUCCCCUGAAUUCACGAUCACAUCAAAUGGUGGUUCCUUUUUCAUGCCUGAAUAUCCAAGUAUAGGUAUUACUAUCCCGAAAAAGGCUGUUACUUCGAAAACAAGGAUUCCUCUUCGAAUGAAGGUGCAAGAAGUACCAGGUGAAGAGUUUAAGGCUAACGAUAUACUUAUUGGACCUAUACUGCGAAUAGUUUGCGACGAAACGGUUGAGUUCUUGAAGCCUGUUACCAUAACGCUGCCAGUUUCGUUGGGAGACACGCACCAUGACUUUCCUGAUCCAACGGCAUGCCGGGUAAGAAUAUUGUUUCUGAGUUCUGAUGGUGAACAGAAGGAAUGGAAGGAAAUCACCGACGAUUUGAAAAAUCCAGUGACGUUUGACGGGAUGACAGUUAAUUUUCAAGUGGAACGCUUCUCUGGGUAUUCGUGUCUUAUUGACUGGUGUGCAGAUAGCUUCAGUUAUCAAAGCGUUAUCGGAUAUCUAUCGAGCCUUAUUCGGAUCCAACCUCAGCUGGCAGUGUUCUUCGCCUACUUCCCUCUGGAAGACCGCCCUGAUUCUCAAGACAUCUUGUACCUAAUUUGCUGCCCAUCUCAACUUAAAGAAAAGGUGCGGGCUGAAAUUACGAAUCAAGCUAAUGCGCCUACUCCGAGCGAUUCAAGCUCCCGCAUCAAUAUGAUUCCUGGGCGUGAUAGGGCUUACGUCUCCCUCAUAGGAGGGAUCAGAGCGAUUGAGGAAGAAGACAUGGACGAAUUUUAUCUCCAGUUUAUGAGUGAUGACCUCCAUAAAGCUCAAGUUCCAAUCCGUGUCAUUGAUGACAAAGGACUUUCAGGGGUGAAGUUUUUCAAAACACCCAAGUUUGAAAAAGACACUCUGCUAUGUCGAUUAAAUUUUCGAGUAUCGCCUCUCAAGAGAAAGCUGAAGAAAACCCCAGUGGAGUUUUUUGGCAUUCCUGUGAAUGAUGAAAUCUUGUCAAAUCCGCGUCCUGAGAAUGUUCUGGGGAUUGGAAAACAAUUUGUUGGUUCAGAGGUGUAUGACGAUCUCCUUUCCCGCUUCAGCAAAGGCAAUAUGAAUCAGAGGCAGACAAUACAAAGCUUCUAUGAGGCUCUUGCAAGAUUGAAAAUCGAGACCCAAGAUGAGUGCUUUGAGGCCCUUGUCAAGGAAAUGAGCCGCUAUGAAGCAUUUGAGUUUGUGGGGCAUCGACUUCAGGAAGGUAAAGAUGCUGUUUGCAAAUCAUUGAAGACAAAUUCGGACGUGAAGAAAAUUGUAUUAGAAAAAGCGGAGUAUCAUUGGAAAAACCUGGCAAGAGAGCUGGGGCUUGAAGAUAGAAUAAUUGAUGCGAUAUCUGUGGAAGAGAAAGAUAAAUGUGGAGAAUGCUGUUAUCAAGUUCUAAAAAGAUGGUACGAAGAGAAUGGCGAAUCAGCUACUAUCAGAAGAGCCAUGGUGGCACUGACUAGAAUAGGAUUAGCGGACAUCAACAACGACAUUGUAGAUUGUCUUAAUUUGAGACGUCAGGAUCAAAUGGAGUUAGACUCAUAGAACUGAUAAAAUUGGAAGAAUUUAGCAUUCAAUUUGUAUCUUCAACGACGUGUCUUUGGACUUCAUUCAAUGCACAAUGUCCCUUGUACACGAAACGAAACGAGCAAUCACGUGAUGCCAAACAUGUUAUGGUCAGAAUAACAUCAUGCGAACACUCUUACGGACAAUAGAAAAUUUGCAUGAUUUGACCAUGUAACUUUGUUAUGCACACACAUUAGGUAAAAAACGUAUUAUACAUGAAUUCGAAAGAAUCCUUCAUUCUGCUACUUAUAUUAACGUUGCUUUAAAUAUUGUGCUGCUAUAGUAUAGCCUUUUCUUUUCAAUCCUUACUUUCAGUUUUUAUAAAUUCUCAUUUUUUAUCUCUAUUGUUGUCAAUAUAAAUAAAUAUUUUCGGCUUUGAUCGAUUAUUUGAAUUAUUUAUUUCAUUUUAUAGUUGAAAAUGUACCGAGGAAUACUUUAUUUUUAAAUGAAAAAAAAGUUCAAAUGAACCUGUGUAAAUAGUAGUUUUUAAAUUAUUUUACAUAGAAGAAACAGAAGAACAAAGACAAUUUUCACGAUGAAAAGACAUCAUUGAACAAUGAUGAUCGAAGUGUAUACACGUUAGCACAGUGAGUCAGUAAAACAAUAUGUCAGAAUCGUGUGGGCUCCUCUUAUAUCUUCUCUUGAAGUUUCCAGGUAUGACUACUUGCCCCACCGUUUUUCCGUAACGUGAGUUAAGGACUUUUUCAGACUUCUAUUAAUUCACAAAGCACACCUGUAAAGUAACUUGUUUUCUUUCUUUUCUGUAUUUUUCUCUUGCAAGCGAUUUUGGCCUUUUUUUUGGAUUUCCUUCAUAAUUUAGGGGCAACUUCUGUCAAAUAUUGAUCCACACUUUCCUUAGUUUACUGCAGCUCAAAAUUGAAGAUUAGGUUUGAUUUCCCAUUUUUUCACCCAACAUCAAAAAGGGGUCGUUAUUUCAUUGGGAAAUGGGUUAGUCUAAUAUUUCCUUUGUAAAAAAUAAUCUCGGUUGUUGGACAUGUGUUACAAGUAGGAGACGGAUGAUAAGACUUACCGGCUCCUAAUAAAACAAAAGUUAACACAAUUAUCCAAAAGUUCAUCGUGUCAGAGAAGAAACUUCUCCCUUAUGAAAACGUGCUUCUGACGCUGAUGUGA